AUGUUCUUUAUGACCUUAGAGCCGCUCUGUUCUCACCCAACCAAGGAGACUCCCGGCUCAGGAACCCCCAGAGCCUCGUCAUUUGAGCCUAGAGAAGCAGAGGCCAGCAGACAGAGGAGGAUAAGAAGUUCUAGAACCAGACGUUCUGACUUGACCGAUGGACUCGAUCGAGCCCAAGCAGAGCAUCCUGAACUCGACCGAGCUAGGGAUCGAGUCGACCCAGAGGAGCCACCAUUUGAGCAUCCAGCCUAUGAAGUUGAGCAAGCGCCUUGCCAGGACCUCUAUCACAGCCACUCGAACCCUUACAGCCAGUUUGAGCGCUCCAGACUUAGCCAAGGGCAAGGGAGCCACACUUACUUCAAUGAUGAUGAUGAAGGCUGCAUGGAUGAAGCUGCUUCGAGUGCCCCUGAUGGUCGCCUGCCUUCUCUUACCCAAGACCUUGCUUCCCAGUUCUUUGGGGAGCACUAA